UCUUGGUCGAUGUCUUCGGCAGCAAAAGCCGGGCCAUGGCGGCUGAGGCCAACUCUGGCGGGCGGUCCAAGGUGGCGCCCAGCGUAGAUUUUGAUCAUAGCUGCUCCGACAGUGUCGAAUACCUGACUUUGAACUUCGGGCCUUUCGAGACGGUGCACCGGUGGCGCCGCCUCCCGCCCUGCGAUGAGUUCGUCGGGGCUCGUCGUAGCAAGCACACCGUGGUCGCUUAUCGAGAUGCCAUCUACGUCUUUGGUGGGGAUAACGGAAAAACUAUGUUGAAUGACCUGUUAAGAUUUGAUGUGAAGGACUGUUCUUGGUGCAGGGCUUUUACUACUGGGACCCCACCAGCACCAAGGUAUCACCAUUCAGCAGUAGUUUAUGGAAGCAGCAUGUUUGUAUUUGGUGGCUACACUGGAGAUAUAUAUUCCAAUUCCAACCUGAAGAACAAAAAUGAUCUUUUUGAAUAUAAACUUGCAACAGGCCAAUGGACUGAAUGGAAGAUUGAAGGAAGAUUACCAGUUGCCCGGUCAGCUCAUGGUGCAACCGUCUAUAGUGAUAAACUGUGGAUCUUUGCAGGAUAUGAUGGAAAUGCACGAUUAAAUGAUAUGUGGACUAUUAAUUUACAAGACAGAGAUUUAACGUGUUGGGAAGAGAUUAAACAGACUGGUGAGAUUCCCCCUUCAUGCUGUAAUUUUCCUGUAGCUGUCUGCAAAGAGAGGAUGUUUGUUUUUUCUGGCCAGAGUGGAGCAAAGAUUACCAAUAACCUUUUCCAGUUCGAAUUCAAAGAAAAAAUUUGGACACGAAUCCCUACCGAACACUUACUGCGGGGGUCUCCACCUCCUCCCCAAAGGAGAUAUGGUCACACAAUGGUUGCUUUUGAUCGCCAUCUAUAUGUGUUUGGUGGUGCUGCAGACAAUACAUUGCCUAAUGAACUUCAUUGCUAUGAUGUUGACUCUCAGACAUGGGAAGUUAUCCAUCCAAGUCCAGAUAGUGAGUUACCAACUGGAAGACUCUUCCAUGCUGCAGCUGUUAUCUGUGAUGCCAUGUAUAUCUUUGGCGGGACAGUGGACAAUAACAUCAGAAGUGGAGAAAUGUAUAGAUUUCAGUUUUCUUGUUAUCCAAAAUGUACUUUACAUGAUGACUAUGGAAGACUAUGGGAAAACAGGCAGUUCAGUGAUCUAGAAUUUGUACUUGGGGAGAAAGAAGAGAGGGUCCGAGGGCAUACAGCUAUUGUCACAGCUCGCUGUAAAUGGCUCAGGAAGAAAAUUACACAGGCAAAAGAAAGGCUGAAACAGAAAUCUAAGCAAGAGCUUGAUGAGGAAGGACAAGAGAUGCCCCAAAAGGAAAUGGCAGGCAACAAUGUAAAGAUGGGUCGCCUACAGCCGCUGCUGGAAGUGACAAUCCGGGAAGCAGAAGCUCAGCCCUUUGAAGUGCUCAUGCAGUUCCUUUACACAGACAAAAUCAAAUACCCACGCAAAGGGCAUGUGCAAGAUGUUCUGCUCAUCAUGGAUGUGUACAAGUUGGCACUUAACUUCAAACUAUCCAGACUGGAACAACUCUGUGUCCAAUACAUUGAGGCUUCAGUAGAUCUGCAGAAUGUACUUGUUGUAUGUGAAAAUGCAAACAAACUUCAGCUGGAUCAGCUGAAGGAACACUGUCUGAAUUUUGUGGUAAAAGAAUCACACUUUAAUCAGGUAAUAAUGAUGAAAGAAUUUGAACACCUUUCUUCAUCUUUGAUAGUAGAGAUAGUACGAAGAAAACAGCAACCUCCAUUUCGAACACAUUCUGAUCAGCCUCUUGAUAUUGGAACGUCAUUGAUUCAGGAUAUGAAAGCCUAUUUGGAAGGUGCUGGUCUAGAAUUCUGUGAUAUCAUUCUACUAUUAGAUGGUCAUCCAAGACCAGCUCAUAAAGCUAUUCUUGCAGCUCGCUCUAGUUACUUUGAAGCCAUGUUUCGUUCUUUUAUGCCAGAAGAUGGCCAAGUUAAUAUUUCAAUUGGUGAGAUGGUGCCAAGCAAACAAGCAUUUGAAUCUAUGCUACGAUAUAUUUAUUAUGGUGAAGUGAAUAUGCCUCCUGAAGACUCCCUCUACCUCUUUGCUGCCCCUUAUUAUUAUGGGUUCUAUAAUAAUCGUCUUCAAGCAUAUUGCAAGCAGAAUCUGGAAAUGAAUGUCACUGUGGAAAAUGUGCUUCAGAUUUUAGAGGCAGCUGACAGGACCCAGGCACUGGACAUGAAGAGACAUUGCCUAUAUAUCAUUGUUCACCAGUUCACCAAGGUAUCCAAGCUGCCAAAUCUUCGGUCUCUCAGUCAACCUCUUCUACUUGACAUCAUAGAAUCAUUAGCAAAUCACAUAUCAGACAAACAGUGUGCUGAGCUUGGAGCAGAUAUUUAAGAUUUUGUUUAUUCUGCAUCUUGCAUAUUUUCUUCUAAGAGAUUACACUCUUCCUAUCUAUAAAGAUAUUUAAUAUCAAUAAUACACUUUCGAUUCUUGUCAGAACAAUGUUGCUAAAUCGAAAAUGCAGUCUCUAAAAAUUGGACACAACUGAAUGGAACAAAAAAAUAUUACACACGCAGACAUAUUGGGAUGCUUAAGGUAUAAAAAGCAAAGGAAUACUGUUCUUUCCAAAAACAAGUUAUGCAGUGAAACAACAAAAAUAUUCCUCUUUCUUUAGCAUAUAAUGACUUCUUUUGACAAUCUACAUCCAAGCUAUAUUAUUUUAAGAUGUCAUCAAAGACUUUCUUCAGAACAUUGAAUUGCCACCCCCCCCUUUGCAACACUUGCCUCUUUAUGUAUGUCCUAAAAAGUUUAUUGUACUUUUAUUUGUUGUUAUAUUAUGAGCCUCCCAGAGUCCUUUGGAAGUUGGGUAAUUCCUAAAUCAAAACAAAUAAAUUGUAGUAAAUUUAUAAAGUUACACUGGGUGAAAAUAUAGACAUGGAAUCUUUAAAAAGUCUUUUAAAAUUAACUACACAUUUCAAACUCUCUUGUUCUACAUGUAAUUUGAAAUAUUCACAUAGACAGAGUUGGAUAGCAUACAAGUUUAAUAAAUCAUUAUCAUCCUCAUCCUCAUCAUUGUGGAAAAAUCCUUAUCAGCCUACUAGAGUGUGUUUUAAAAGAUGGAUUCAUAUAUCAACUAAGCCAAAUGAGUACAUUUCGUGCAACUAUGCCAACACCAAACAAAUUACUUUAUGAUAUAACCUGAUAGGGGAAACUAUUCAGUAUGUUCAUAGCACUUAAUAUUUUCAGAAAAAUUAUCUGAAUUGCCAAGUUGUUGUUUUUCUCUAGGUACUUCUAUAGAUCUGUUUAUUCUACUUCUAUAGAUUUGUUUAUUAAAAAUUCCUGAAUAAAACAA